CACAAACUGCUUGUUCUGUUCUGGUUAAUUAAGUGAAGUGUUCCUUGCUCACUAGAGAUAAACAGCUCUUACUCUUACUUCCCUUCUCUUCCUUGUUCUCUUUCUCACCUUAAAAAACAGCAAGUGAAAGAUGGAUACCGGAAUUGGCUACAGAUUCCACCCAUCCGACUUAGAAUUGGUGGAUCAUUACCUGAGGCAAAAGAUGCUCGGCAAUGAUGAUGAAGUCUGGCAAAUUCCUGAGAUUAGUGUCCUCAGUUUUGAACCCUGGGAGUUACCUCAGCAUUCAAUAAUGUUAAGCAACCCGAAUGAUCAAGUCUGGUAUUUCUUUUGCACUCCAAACUACAAGUACUCCAAUAGCAAACGGGUCGACAGGACAACCACUGCUGGAUACUGGAAAGUUACUGGCAAAGAUCGUAAAAUCAAGGAUAUUGCUAUUAAAAAAACUCUGGUUUUCUAUCAAGGUCGCCCUAAAGGGGUCAGGACAAACUGGGUUAUGCAUGAAUAUAGUCCCACUUUCAACUUCCCAACUGAGAGGGACUUCGUCAUUUGCAAAAUAAAGAGAAAUGGAUAUGCAGAAGAUAUCCCAAACUUCGAAGAAGGUGAAUCAAGCACCGCCAUAGCUGCUCAUACUGAAAAUCAGAGCUGCAAUAACUAUAAUUCAACCUUUGAAGGAGAAGAACUUACUCCUCCAGUGGAAUCUGGUUCUGGAAAUUAUGCAACUGAGGAAGACACUCAGGUCCAAACAUACAUGCAAUCAUUCCAGGGCUAUGACGAGAAAGACUACAGUCUUGACUCUGCAUUUCAGUGGCAAAGCAACUAUUAUCAUAAUUAUUAAGGAAAAACUUAUGCUUGGGAAAUGAAGGCAGCUAAUGUUUUUCUUAAAAAAUAAUUAAAAAAAAAAAAAAAAAAAAGAGAAAAACGAAGGUGGCUCAUGCCUUAUGACAUUAUGGUAAUUUGUUGGCCACUUGAAGAGCUGAUUUGCCUAUUAGUUCUCCUCCUGGCUAGUAAAAGUGAGCAAGUACAACUUGAUCGUUCAAGUUUUAAUUAUAUGUCUGUUCUGCUUGUUAAUACGGUGCUUUGUAAACCUUGGCAAUCGCCACCUGUUUCUUGGUUUUUGUAUCUCUUUUGUAAUUUCCUUUUUGAGAAUAAUCUCUUUUGUAAUUAAUAUUAUCUGUUCCAACGAUAUUUA